AUGCAAUCGAUAAAUCUGAACGUUGGCGGAUUAUUACAAAAUAGCGCGAUUUUACGAGGAGGAAGCAGAACUAGCGGUAAGAAUUGAUAUUUAGUUAUUUUUCGGGCGGAAAAAUUAAAAUAAAAAUAUUUUUCAGCAGUCGGAAAAUCAGAAGCUGCAGCGUUGCAAAUCUCACGAGCAUAUUUGUCAGUUUGGCGACAAUGUGGCAAAGUUGCACCGCAAGUUUUACGCGAUGCAAUUUUGUCGAAUCGAAAAUUGAUGAAAACACCGAUUUCGAUGAAUUUUCCGGAAAAUGAGACGAUUUUGAAGAUUCUACCAGCAUCUGGAACGCUUUGUGAGUUUUUUUUCUGGACGCGCGGAAGCUUCCGCGUCAGCGGCCACGUGGAUUGCUAUGAUAUGGCAAACGUCAUAGUAGUUAGCGUGGCUGCUGACGCGGAAGCUUCCGGUCGAGCCUAAAAUGAGCAAUGUGGAAUACCAGCCACAUUUUCUGCUCAAAAUUAACCAAAACUCGUGAAUUUUGGACUUCUAGAGUUCAAAAUUGAUGAAUUUCAGGUCAAAACUCUCAUUUUCAACCUGCAAUUAAUUACAGAUCAAUUUCACGGCUGAAAAUGAUAAUUUUGACCUAAAAUUCAUCAAUUUCGAACUCUAGAAGUCUGAAAUUCAUGAGUUUUGGUCAAUUUUAAGCUAGUUUGCCACGUCAUAGUAAUCGAGCCUGCCUGAACCUUGAAAUUUCCUCAAUUUUCUUGAAAAACUCGGAUUUUCUGGAAAAUGUUGAAAUUUUAAGGUUCUCGCGCGGGGAACCUAUCGCCAAUUUUUUCCCUGAAAAAACUACGAUGCUCCGCAUUUACACCAUCAAAAUUGACCCAUUUUCCAUCAAUUUUAAAGAUGUGAAUGCGGAGUAUCGUUUGAAAAACGUCAAUUCGAUGCCUGAACCUUAAAAUUUCAACAAUUUUCAUGAAAAAUCUGGAAAAUGCUGAAAUUUUGAGGUUUUCGCGCAGGGGAACCUAUCGCCAAUUUUUUCCUGACAAAACUACGAUGCUCCACGUUUACACCAUCAAAAUUGACCCAUUUUCCAUCAAUUUUGAAGGUGUGAAUGCGGAGUAUCGUUUGAAAAACGUCAAUUCGAUGCCUGAACCUUAAAAUUUCAACAAUUUUCAUGAAAAAUCUGAAAAUUGUUGAAAUUUUGAGGUUCUCGCGCAGGCGAACCUAUCGCCAAUUUUUUUAAAUGAAAAAACUACGAUGCUCCACGUUUACAUCAUCAAAAUUGACCCAUUUUCCAUCAAUUUUGAAGGUGUAAAUGCGGAGUAUCGUUUGAAAAACGUCAAUUCGAUGCCUGAACCUUAAAAUUUCAGCAAUUUCUGAAAAUUGUUGAAAUUUUGAGGUUCUCGCGCAGGCGAACCUAUCGCCAAUUUUUUUAAAUGAAAAAACUACGAUGCUCCACGUUUACAUCAUCAAAAUUGACCCAUUUUCCAUCAAUUUUGAAGGUGUAAAUGCGGAGUAUCGUUUGAAAAACGUCAAUUCGAUGCCUGAACCUUAAAAUUUCAGCAAUUUCUGAAAAUUGUUGAAAUUUUGAGGUUCUCGCGCAGGGGAACCUAUCGCCAAUUUUUUUUUCAAGCGAAAAUAUUUUUCAGACAUUCAAAAACGUGGAUUCCGAACUCGCCGUCAAACUUUCGGCGUAGGCACCUCAAAAUCUCAAAACCCACAAGAAGAACCGCGAACUCCUCUCACAUUUCUCAGCGAACUUUUCGGCGCCAAAAAAUCCCCAAAAACCGCCGAACUCUCAACAAAUAGCAUCGAAAAAUGGCAUCAAUAUGAAGCGGAUUUGAAGAAAUUGCCCGAAAAUCAACAAAAAAACUAUACAGAUGGAUUUGUCAAGGGACUUUUAUCGAAUUCCGGACAAGUUUUGACGAAAGAACCGAAAAAAUCGAAUACUUUGACGAGAUUCUAUAUUUUUUUGGUUUUUUGCAUAUUUUUGGGUUAUUUGAGUGGAAGUAAGUUUUGAUUUUCAUUUUUUUGAACAAAAAUGCAUAAUGCAUAAAAAAGGAAUCCGAAUUCGUGUAGGCGAUCGACAAAUCGGCUCAUUAUUCUUCUCGAAUCCACAAGAAGUUAAUCCAGAAGAUGUUCAAGUUUCAUUCGAAGAUGUUAGAGGGGUAAGCCACUUUUUUUGGAGAUUUUUUUUUCAAAAAACUACGAUGCUCCGCAAUUACACGUAGCCUUUUGAGCGGGGAAUUUUGAAAAUUUGAAUUUUCUCCAUUUCGAGUAAAAUUUCAAAUAUUAAAGAUAAAAUACGAUGCUCCGCAUUUACACGUGGUUUUGUAUUGCGAAAAUUUGAAUUUUUCAAAUAUUUCCCAUUUUUUUCAAAAAUUAGCGCCAAAACACACGUGGAAUUGCGGACCAUCGUAGUUUUUAAAGGAAAGUAAAUUAAUAUUCAAUUUCUGAAAAAAAAACUACGAGGCUCCGCAAUUACACGUGCUUUUUGGCGCUAAUUUUUGAAAAAAUUGGAAAUAUUUGAAAAAUUCAAAUUUUCGCAAUACAAAACCACGUUUCUUUGAUAUUCAGAAUUUUGCGUGAAAUAAAAAAAAAUUCACAUUUUCUAAAUUCCCCGCUCAAAAGGCUACGUGUAACCGCGGAGCAUCGUAGUUUUUUCUUGAAUAUUCAAAAUUUAUCGCGAAAUUAAUAAAAAUUCAAAUUUUCUAAAUUCCCCGCUCAAAAGGCUAUGUGUAAUUGCGGAGCAUCGUAGUUUUUUUGAAAUUUGGCGUGAAAUCAAUGAAAAUUCAAAUUUUCUAAAUUCCCCGCUCAAAACGCUAUGUGUAAUUGCGGAGCAUCGUAGUUUUUUGAACAAAAAAUUUCAAAAAUUCAAAUUUCCCGCCAAAAACCACGUGAAAUUGCGGAGCUUCGUAGUUUUCUGAACAAAAAAUUUCAAAAAUUCACAUUUCCCGCCAAAAACCACGUGAAAUUGCGGAGCAUCGUAGUUUUUUCUCUAAUUUAUAUCGCGAAAUCAAAAAAAAUUGUGAAUUUUGCAGAUGGAUGAAGCAAAACUUGAAGUGGAAGAAAUCGUCUCCUACCUAAAAGAUCCCGAAAAAUAUUCUCGUCUCGGUGGCCGCCUUCCAAAAGGUGUUCUUCUCGUCGGACCGCCUGGAACCGGAAAAACUCUGUUAGCUCGUGCAAUUGCUGGCGAAGCACAAGUUCCAUUCUUUCACACAUCAGGCAGUGAAUUCGAUGAGGUUUUAGUUGGACAAGGAGCCAGAAGAGUGAGGGAUUUAUUUGAGAAGGCAAAAGCUCGUGCACCUUGUAUUAUUUUUAUUGAUGAAAUUGAUUCGGUUGGAUCGAAAAGGGUUUCGAAUUCGAUACAUCCAUAUGCUAAUCAAACUAUAAAUCAAUUGCUCAGGUUAGAAUUUUCCCGGGGGGGGGGGUUUAAUUGUGAAGACAUUUUAAGCUUCUUGCUCAAAAAUCUAGGCUCCGCCCCUUUUCUGCAAGCCUCGCACGGUUUUUUUUGUCGAAAAUUAGGAAAAUCCAGCUUUUUGCAAUCCUGGCAUGGUUUUUCUAUCGAAAAUUGGUGAAAACUAGGCUCCGCCUCUUUUUUGCAAGCCUCGCACAGUUUUUUUUCAGUCAGAAAUUAGGAAAAUCUAGCUUUUUGCAAGCCUGCCACGGUUUUUCUAUCGAAAAUCGGUAGAAACUAGGCUCCGCCCCUUUUUUUGCAAGCCUGGCACGGUUUUUUAGUCGACAAUAAUACAAAUGUCUGAAAAAAAAUUUUUUUUUGUAAAAUUUUAUUUUUAAAAAUUGCCACGUCAUAACUCAAUUUGUGUAUUUUUCCAGUGAAAUGGACGGAUUCACAAAAAACGAGGGAAUAAUCGUAAUCGCGGCCACAAAUCGAGUCGAAGAUCUAGACAAAGCCCUUCUUCGACCGGGCCGUUUCGAUGUUCGAGUCACAGUUCCAAAACCGGAUUUGACUGGAAGAUUGGAUAUUUUCAACUUCUACCUAUCCAAAAUCGUCCAUUCACCAAAUAUCGAUGCAAAAACACUGGCGAAAGGUUCGACUGGUUUUACUGGAGCUGAUAUUGAGAAUAUGGUGAAUCAGGCGGCGUUGAAAGCGGCGACUGAUAAUGCGGUUGAAGUUACGAUGGGAUAUUUGGAUGAGGCUAGGGAUAGGUAUGGUUUGGGAGUGUGUGCCGCAAGCUUCCGCGUUAGCGGCCACGUGGAUUGAUAUGAUAUGGUAAACGUCAUAGUAAUCCACGUGGCUGCUGACGCGGAAGCUUGCGGUUUACGCGAGUGUGAACCGCAAGCUUCGUCAGCAGUUAACAGGGCGUGCUUCGCAAGCCCUGCCUAAACAGUUGGCCGCUACGCGGAAGCUUGCGGUUUACACUCGCGCAGAGCGCUCGGGUCGAGCGGAGCGAGUGUAGACCGCAAGCUUCCGCGUCAGCGGCACUAUCUUCCGCGUUAGCGGCCACGUGGAUUGUAUGAUAUGGUAAACGUCAUAGUAAUUAGCGUGGCCGCUACGCGGAAGCUUGCGGUUUACAGAUCUGCGCGAGUGUAGACCGCAAGCAGUAAACAGGGCGUGCUUCGCAAGCCCUGCCUAAAAAGUUGGCCGCUAACGCGGAAGCUUGCGGUAUACGCUCGCUCCGCUCGAGAAAAAUCGAAUUAGCUCAAAAUUUACCAAAACUCAUGAAAUUCAGGUUGAAAUUGAGAGUUUUGACCUAAAAUUCAUCAAUUUUGAACUCUAGAAGUCUGAAAUUCAUGAGUUUUGCUCAAUUUUGAGCUAGUUUACCACGUCAUAGUAAUCGAGCCUGCCUGAACCUUGAAAUUUCAACAAUUUCCAUGAAAAACCCGGUUUUCUCUGGAAAUUGUUGAAAUUUUGAGGUUCUCGCGCAGGGGAACCUAUCGCCAAUUUUUUAAUGAAAGAACUACGAUGCUCCACGUUUACACCAUCAAAAUUGACCCAUUUUUCAUCAAUUUUGAAGGUGUGAAUGCGGAGUAUCGUUUGAAAAACGUCAAUUCGAUGCCUGAACCUUUAAAUUUCAACAAUUGUUGAAAUUUUGAGGUUUUCGCGCAGGGGAACCUAUCGCCAAUUUUUUCCAGAGUUCUGAUGGGUCCAGCUCGAACCGGCGGUCGAAUUCCAGACGAAGAAGCCAAUCGUAACACAGCCUAUCAUGAAGCCGGUCAUACUUUAGUGUCGAUUUACACCAAAGACGCCACACCAUUGCAUAAGGUAGGCUUUUUGGGCUUUUUUGGGCUCAAAAUCGUGAUUUUCAGCUUUUUUUAGCCUGAAAAUUGUGAUUUUCACACUUUUUUGAUAUAAAAUGGUUAAAUUUUGAAGAAAAUCCAGCGUACUCGCGGAGCAUCGUUGUUUUUCAGGUCACAAUAAUUCCACGUGGCCAAUCAUUGGGACACACUGCAAUGCUUCCCGAAAAAGAUAGCUAUCAACUGACAAAAUCGCAAAUGUUAGCACAAUUGGAUGUUAUGAUGGGCGGAAGAGUUGCGGAAGAAUUGAUUUUUGGUGAUGAUAAGGUUUGCGGAAGGUUGCGGAAGCGGAAGCGGAAACAAUUAUUUUGCAGGUAACAACUGGUGCAGCUGACGAUUUGUCAAAAGCCUCACAAUUAGCUGUUCAAAUGGUUAAAGUGUUUGGAAUGAGUGAUAAAGUUGGACUUCGCGAUUUCACCGCUUCAACAUCGGAAAAGGAGACUUCGCUGGUGUCGGUUUCGGAAUUAUCACCACAAACCACUGAAGCGAUUGAUAGUGAAAUUACGCGAAUUUUGAUGGAGAGCUAUAAGAGGGCUAAGGAUAUUUUGGUUAGCAAAAAGGUUGGUGGAUUUUACGAUACUCCGCAUUUACACUUGGCCGAGAGUUUUAUGAUUUUUCGCGCAAAAAACACCACGUGUAAAUGCGGAGCAUCGUAGUUUUUUAAUUGAAAAAUUAUGGGAAAAAAAAAUUAAAAAACAGUUUUUGAUAAUUAUUAUUUUUCAAAAAUUCAAAAUUUCGCGCCAAAAAACACCACGUGUAAUUGCGGAGCAUUGUAGUAUUUCUGUUUUCACAUUUAAAAUUUGAAUAUUUCAUUUUCGCGCAAAAAAACACCACGUGUAAUUGCGGAGCAUCGUAGUAUUUCUGUUUUCACAUUUAAAAUUUGAAUAUUUCAUUUUCGCGCAAAAACACCACGUGUAAUUGCGGAGCAUCGUAGUAUUUUGCAGAAAGAGCAUCAACUUCUUGCCGAAUCACUAUUAGAAUACGAAACUCUAUCAGCCGAAGAAGUUCGACGUGUAAUUUCGGGACAAAAAAUCAAGCGACCAACGCCGGCGGCUGUCAAAAAAAGCAAUGAAAAUAAAUCGCGGUAAAUUUUUUUUUUUUUUUUUUUUUUUUUGAAAAAAAUUUCGAAAUUUUGCAGCUCUCCCUCGAAAUUAGUUUUGCACCUUUUCGAAGAAGAAACUCGUCCAAAACAAUAA